CGGGCCGGGCCCCCGCCCCCCAGCAGUAGCCCCCGGGCGCCCCGCUCUCCUGGCCAUGCGGCGGAAGCUGCUGCCGCUGGCCGGCCUCUACCUGGUGCAAGGCCUGCCCUACGGGCUGCAGUCUGGCCUGCUGCCCGUGCUGCUGCGGGCGCGAGGCCUCUCCCUGACGCGCGUGGGACUGGCCAAGGUGCUGUACCUGCCCUGGCUGUUCAAACUCGUGUGGGCCCCCCUGGUGGACACGCGGGGCUCCCUGAAGGCCUGGCUGGUGCUCAGCACGGCUGCUCUGGGCCUGGUGUGCGGGCUGCUGGCCGCCCUGCCACCCGCGGAAGCCGGCCCGGCUGGGCUGCCGGUCACUGUGGCGGGGCUGCUGCUGUUGCUGAACCUGGGUGCGGCUGUGCAGGAUGUGGCCGUGGACACGCUGGCCGUCCAGCUCUUGGAGCCGGCGGAGGUGGGGCCCGGUAACACAGUGCAGGUGGUCGCUUACAAGCUGGGGGCGGUGCUGGCGGGAGGGGGCCUCUUGGCCCUGGUCCCCACGCUCUCCUGGCCCCUGCUCUUCCUGCUCCUGGCCGCUGCCUAUUGGUUGGCUGCUGCCCUCGUCUGGGCGGCGCCGGCCCUGCAGCAACUGCCUGCCUCUGGGCGGUCGGAACCACCCCUCCGCAGCCUGCACCUUCUGCAGGACCUGCUGGCCAUGCCCGGUACUCUGUGGACGGCGGGCUUUGUGCUCACUUACAAACUGGGUGAGCAGGGUGCCAGCAGCUUGUUUCCGCUCUUCCUGCUGGACCACGGCAUCUCCACGCCAGAGCUGGGGCUGUGGAACGGUGUGGGCGCCGUGGUCUGCUCCAUUGUAGGCUCGUCCCUGGGCGGGGCCUUGCUGGCCAGGCACAGGCAACCACUGGCCCUGCUCAGGUCAGUGCUACGGUUCCGUCUCGGGGGUCUGGCCUGCCAGACCACCCUGCUCUUCCAUCUGGACACCCCCGGGGUCAGGUUGGGCCCCAGCACCGUCCUGAGAGGGGCAGCCCUGCUGAGCCUGUGUCUGCAGCACCUCCUCGGGGGCCUGGUCACAACCACCACGUUCACCCUGAUGAUGCGGUGCAGCCAGCGGGCGCCCCGGGCCCUGCAGGCCACACACUACGGCCUCCUGGCCACACUGGAGCUGCUGGGGAAGCUGUUCCUGGGCACGCUGGCUGGAGCCCUGGCUGACAGCCUGGGGCGGCCUCUCUGCUUUGCCUUCUUCCUGGUCCUCUCGGGCAUGCCCGUGCUCUACUUGAGCCUGGCCCCGGGCAGCCUGGCCUGAGCUGGGUGCCCACCGGCCUAAUAAAGCUGGGUGUGCCCGUGGCCCGGCUGGCUGGGCUGUGACACGGGCAAGGCUGUCCUCAGAAAAGAGCUA